CCGGCUGCCCUAUCCUGGAAAGCUUGCUAAUUCACGAGUUGGGCCACCCUCGACUAUCGUCUAUCGGUGUGCAUUCUUGUUGGCAGCUGCAAAUCGUCUCCCCUAGCCUCAGAAGCAUCGGUGUGCAUUCUUCUUGGCUGGGUCACAGGUUAGCCAUAGUCAUCGAGGAUGCCCCAUGUCUAGAAAGACUGCUAUAUUUUGAAGGGAUGAAGGUGGACAUUUCGGUAAUCUCUGCGCCAAGAUUUGUUAUUUUGGGAGACCUCUUUCAGAAUUGGCGUCCUACAUUUGGGGGUAAUGCAACCUUUUUUCAGGGAUCAACUGUUGAUAGCAUGACGGCCGUGUUACCUAGUGUGAAGGUUUUAUCUUUAUCUGAUGUCAAAGUUUGUUUGGAUGCGGCUAUUAAUUUAGUGAAGUGCUUUCCCCACAUGGAGAGGUUGUAUAUCAAGGCACAAACUCUGUGGUUGAAACCGAAAGGUGUGUCGUAUCAUAAAUACCAAAACCUUAUUCGCACCCUUGACAUCGGUGUGAGGAAAAUUGUGCUAGUAAACUAUGAAGGAAGCAAGUCACAUAUUAACUUUGUCAAGCUUUUUGUAUCAAAUGCCAAAGUGUUGGAGUCACUGAGGCUUGAGUUAGCAAUCACAAAUGUUAGCGAUUGUUGGAUUGCAAGACAGCAUAAGCGGCUCCAUAUUGAAAAGAGGGCUUCCAGGGGUGCACAGAUCGCUUUUGUAUCCCCUAACACGAUGAUUGGUCCACCUGAUGAGCUUCUAAGUGCUGAGAAAGUACAUGAUCUGUCAACCGACCCUUUUCAAAGGUUUCAUUAGUAGGUCUAAUGGCAUUUGGUUUUUAAGCUGGAUGAAUAUUCAGUGAGAUUUAUCUUGCAGUGUGCUAAUAUGUAUUUCUCCUUUGCUUAUACACUGGUUUGUGAACUGAUGAUUUGGUGCUAUAUUCUUUUUUAAACA